UUCAAAGCAGCCUCUCAUCGUCCUACGUGUUCCUCUUUCUCUACAUAUAGAAAAAGAGAACUGCAACAGCAAAAAAAAAAAAAAACAGAGUCUAUUAGCGGUCGCGGGCGCGUGCAGCACACUCAAAGCCAAAAUACGCAGUCACGUGGAAACCGUUACCUCCCCGAGCCCGCAGCGCAGCAGGGAUCAUCGUCCGUACUCGCAUCGUCUGAGACUGGCCAAAGUGAGCAACGGCGCCGGCGGCCUGCAACUGAGCAUCGAGCUUAGCCGUCUGAUCGACGACUGCGGCGGCUCGAUUGGCGAGCGAGACAAAAAAGGCAAGAUCCCGUCCGCACGUGGCAGCCUCGUGAGCAGCGGCGGCGGCGAAGGAGGAGGAGCAGCAGCAGCAGCGGCAGCGGCAGCGGCAUCGGCGGCAUCGGCGAAAGCAGAGGCGUCCUCCCAGACCACGCGCACUGUGGUCCGGGGCCCGAUUAUCAUCGACGCGCGUACCUUGAACGCACACCCGACGCUACUGUCGACGAGCCACCACCACUCGACGACCGCUGAUCAUCAUCAUCUGCAUUAUCACUACCAGCAACACCACCACUCGGCAGUCGCGCCGAGUCAGCAGCAGCAACAGCAGCAACACAGUUGGUGCAGCGGCUGCAAGCUCGCCACCGAUCAACAGCAACAGCAGACCGCGGGACAGGUAGCCGGUGUCGUCGCUCAGCCACCGCCCGUAGUCAGCUGUCUUCUGGGAGUCUAUCCCGGUGCGCCCACUGCUCCCACUGCCGGCUGCGGCGCUCAGGCUGGGCCCCUAGUGCCGCGAGUACCGCCGCCGCCAGCGCCUCCUCAACCGCCUCUACUGACGGCCGUCGGUCCGUACAAGCAGCAGCAGCAGCAGCCCCAACCCCAGUCGAUCGUCGGUCCGGUCAGCGCCGGCCUGGUACAGACCGCCGCGGCUGCCAACGUCGUCACCCCCAGUGGCUGUCGUACCUGUUGCUGUCAUCAUCAGCAGGUGACUCCGCAUCAGCAGCAACAGCAGCAACAGCCGACACAACCGCAGCAGCAGCAGCAGCAGCAUCAUCAUCAUCACCAUCAUCAGCCCGCGACAGCUGUACAGCUCACCAGCCAACGGGGCGGUAUAUCGUUAAGGGUUGCGAGGGUGGCGUCCACCACCUCCGUCCGAGCCGCCCCCUACGCUCACUCCCAGCACCAGGUUUUGGGAACGGAGUGCAGGUGUAGGGAGGACACGGGCGCAGUGGGUGGAGGUGGUGCGGCACAUAUCCUCGGCGGCCCGAUGCUGUUUGUCCCGUUCACGGUGCCCUCGUUCCCUGCGACGCAUCAACAGCAGCAGCAACAGCAGCAGCAGCAGCAAAGCCACCCGGCGGUGGUGGCCACUGCGCCGCCGCCCCUCGCGCACGGCCCAGUCCAGUCGCACCACCACACGGCGGUAGCUGUGCAGUCGGUAGUGCCGGCCGGCCCAGCCGGCCAGAAUCAAAUCGUGCAGGCCCAGCAGCAGCAACAGCAGCAGGGCCAGCCCCAGCCGGGGGUUGUCGCCCCGGGGGCCCAGCUCAAUCAUCUGAGCCAUCAGGCUCUGGUGCAACAGCAGCAACAGCAGCAGCAGCAGCAGCAGACACCGACGAGCCAGCAGCAGCCGAUCAUCCACAGCACCAGCUGUUCGCCCCAGCAACAGGCCACCACACCAAACAAGGAGAUGAAAGUCAAUUGGACCACGCCGCCGGGAAACUUGCCGAAACUAGACACAAGCAAACACUACCACAUAUUUGUCGGAGAUCUGAGCCCGGAGAUCGAGACGCAAACCCUGAGGGAAGCCUUCGCCCCUUUCGGAGAAAUCUCGGACUGCAGGGUCGUGAGAGAUCCACAGACGAUGAAAUCCAAAGGCUACGGCUUCGUGUCUUUCGUGAAAAAAACAGAAGCCGAAAGUGCAAUAGGUGCUAUGAACGGACAGUGGCUGGGAAGCAGGAAUAUUCGAACAAAUUGGGCGACUCGUAAACCACCCGCUCCAAAGUCCGAAGCCAACGCGAAGCCGCUGACGUUCGACGAGGUUUACAAUCAGAGCAGCCCGACCAAUUGCACAGUCUACUGCGGCGGACUGACCAACGGUCUCACGGAGGAGCUCAUGCAGAAGACCUUCUCGCACUUUGGCUCGAUCCAGGAAAUUCGAGUUUUCAAAGACAAGGGCUACGCUUUCAUCAGGUUUUCAACGAAAGAGUCGGCGACGCACGCCAUCGUGGCCUUACACAACUCGGAAAUAAACGGCCAAACGGUGAAGUGCAGCUGGGGCAAGGAGAGCGGGGAUCCCAACAACGCGCAACAGACUGGACAGGCGCUGUCGUCGGCAACGUAUCCGUAUUACGCGGCGGCGGCGGCCGCUGCCGCGGCUGCAGCCGGUGUCGCGGGCGUCGGCGGCGUCGGCGGCGUGGGCAGCGCCGGCCAGCUCGGCUACUGGUACCCGCCCCAGUCCUAUCCGACCACGGCCACCCAGAUGCAGGCCGGCGGCUUUUUACAGGGCAUGCAGGGCGCCUACACCACGUACGGACAGUUCGCCGGCUAUCAGCCCUCGCAGUACAUGGGAAUGGGCAUGGGAGUCCACGCAGCAGGUACGGCGGCCGGAUGGGGCCAGGGUCUGCCAGCCGGGCCCCAGUUGCCGCCCCAUCACGCGACCGCGGUCACGGCGCCGCCCGGCGUGCAGGCCGCGGGUCCGCCGCCACCUCCGCCCGCACAAAUGAUGGCCUAUCCGAUGCAGCAGUUCCAGUGUGUUCUUGGUUGCGGUCCAGCUAGCGGAUGAGGACUGGCUGACGCCUAGCCUCCUAGUGUGAUGGUAAGCAAGCGCGAAGUCAAGCCCUCCUCCUACUCGUCGCCGCCGACAGCAGGACCGAUCGCUGGCCCCCUCAUGCCGCCACGACCCGACUCAACCGCUGCGAUAACGUUAGGUCAGACAGCCACUACUACUAGUACUACUACUACAACUACCACAACUACUACUACUACCACUACUACUACUACUACUACAACUACUAUCACAACUAUAACAACAACAACUACCGAUACUGCUACGAUGAUGACGCUGACGAGCCUCUUGAUGAUGAUCACGAUGCUGAUGGCGAUCACGACGAAGAUGCAGCGAUUGCAGAUCAAUCAGCCACGCAAAAGACAACCGAUCGACGCCGUUGAAUCAAAGACUUAUUAUUAUGAGAAUACACCCAUGAACACAGUGCCACUACCCGCUUAAAACAAAAAGCAACAAAAAAAUAAUGAAAGAAAGAAAAAUCAUUUAACGACAAGCAAAGAAAAAAUUAUAUUUAAACGCAUAUAUACAAAAAAUAUAUAUUUAGAAAACGAAACCGUAUAUGCGAAUAUUAUAACACGUCGGUGUCUGUUUGUGUGAGCGUGAGUAAAAAAAACCUGCGUAUUAUUGAACAAAAAAAAUGAAACAAAAAUACAAAAAAAAAAAAAAAAAAAAAUCAUCGGUAGUAUGUGGACAGAUAUGCAGUACGAUUAAAGUCGUACGCCAAGUAGUAGCGCGUCUCGAUGAUCGGACGAUAUAUAUUACUAUAUUUAUAUUAACGAAUAUAUUAUUAUAAUAUAUAUAAAAUGCUGAGACGGAUGUGGUAGCAUAAAAUUUAAACGUGAGAAAAAAAACCAAAAAAAAAAAAGAAAUAAAAUAAACAUUUAAUGUAGAAGGAUCGUGUGAGCGGUCGCACACGCGCGACGACGACGGCCGACGAGAUGCGAAAAUAUAUGUAUAUUAUUAUAGAGGACGGUUACGAGUUCGACGGUUUUAUUCAGUGUUCGCGACGAAAUAGAGAAAAAAAAUUACGAGUGACGACAAAAGUUUUACUUCCAAGAGUUCAAGAAAAGCGGAUAUUGUUACGAUAUCUCUGAUGAAUGACGCGCAACGAAUGGAAAAGAAAAAAAAAUUGAUAGCAAAAUAUUAACAAAAAAAAAGUAAAAAGCCGCAAUUCGUUAUUUUUGUAGAUUUAUCAUCGAAAAAAAUGAAACAGAGAAAAUCUGAUUUUUAAAGAAGAAAAAAACUAAGUACGAUUUGACACGCUGAUAAUGCUCUCAUUAAGUUCUAUUGCGUAAAUGUUAAUAUAAUCAUACCGACCACUCGAUGACAUAUAUAUGAUGACAAAAAAAAACAUCAGAUGAUAAAUUUAGCGUAACCGAAGGUGCAUUUUUGAGUGAAAAAAAGUGUAGUAGUAACGCAAUCGAAUAUAUAGGAAAAAAAUCAUAAUCUGUAACGUGAAAUAUGUGAGAGACGCGAGAAGUUUAGUUAAAAGUAAAAAAAAGCGAUAGUUAAAUAUAUUUACUGUCUAGCAGCAAGUAGAUAGUUAGAUAGGUAUAUAUUAUAUUAAUAUACGACAGAACGUGGCAGUUCUCUUGAUCCCGUAAAAAAAGGGGCCGAGCCAAAAUUCGACGGUUGACAACGAAAUCGGCCACGCGGCAUGAAAAGCAACAACAUAAACUAAUGAAAAAAGAACAUGGAAAAAGAUCUCGGUGAAAGGAAGAAAUUAUCAUUUUUUGUGAAUCUGCGGUAUAAAGUCUAGAGCUACUCUCGAAGCAAUACUUGGUCAAAAAGAAAAAAAAAUUUUAUAGCAAAAAAAAAUGGGAACAAGUGCGAGUUAUCUGACUUUCGAUGAAAAUAUUUUUGGCACUGCGACGUAAAGUUUAUGAGAAAAAAAACGCUAAUAAUGAUUUAAAAAAUUACGACGACGUGAUAUCUAUCAAAGUAGCUACGAUACUGUAAUGUACCAUGAUUUCUAUCCUCACGGAGAUAUGUUUUUUCAAUGAACUUGAUGAUACUUUUUUACGGAAAGAAAACAUCAGCUAUUAUUUUUAUACAAUAUCAUUUGUACGUAAAAAGUUUUUUACGUAGUUUACUUACUUCAUAUCACAGAAUUUUUUAUUCCGAAAAACUUGAUUUGAAAUCGUUAAUGGCGUUAAAGUAAAACUUCAUUGAAAGAGCAAAAUGUUUUUAGUCUAUCUAAGAUAAAUACAUUCAAAAUGUCAUUAAGAGUUUUUAAUCGGAUAAAAAAAUAGAUUUUUUACCAUUAGAAAAAUUAUUAUCGAUAUAAAAAAAAAACGAAACAGCUGUUGUGGGUAGCGCCGAGGACGACGUCUGCACUUCGAAUUUCGACUCGACUGAAUGUUUCAUCCAUGCGUACACGAGUACACAUGAUGCUAAACACUUACUUAGAGUAGAUCAACAAGGUAUAUAUAAAAAAAAAAGUUAACGUACAUAAGAAAAAAAAAUCGAAAGUGGUGCAUGAACCUCGAGAAGUGAGAAUAAAAAGUAAUUAUUAAAAAAACAAUGCAUAGGUAGACACGUAAUUGCACACCCAGCACAAACAAUAGAAAUUUGAUAAAACUUGAAGCAAAAAAAAAAA